UAACACUGCCAUGUCAGCAACACCACUUGACAUCUUCUAUGCCAAAAUUUCUUCCUCCUCAAAAAUUUGAAAUACACAAUUUUCCAUUCAUAAGAAUAUCAACAUUCCUUUUUCUUAUAUGUUAUUUAAUUUCUCUAUUCAACACUUCAAUUCAACUUCACCACUCCAAUUUGAGACAAGUUUCUUUGGUCUUUUGAAUGGCUCAGUUACUGUCUCCAUUGUACACAGAAGCUCUCAAAAUCCACAACCCAUCAUUGAGUUGUUGUUACACAAGCUCAUGGAGGAUGCCACCAAAGACUGCAGGCCCUUGCACCUUUGUAACACCCAAUGGUAAACGAAGGGGCUGUGGCAGGGUAAGGGUUGCUGCUCAGGACUCAGUUUCUCCGAGUGAGACUGUUGCAGAUGACUAUUAUGCAGUUUUGGGUCUGCUUCCAGAUGCCACACCAGAGCAGAUCAAGAAGGCCUAUUACAAUUGCAUGAAAGCUUGCCACCCGGAUUUGAGUGGCAAUGAUCCUGAAAACACAAAUUUCUGCAUGUUCAUCAAUGAAGUCUAUGCGGUGCUCAGUGAUCCUAUUCAGCGCAUGGUUUAUGAUGAAAUUCAUGGGUAUUCUUUGACUUCAAUCAAUCCUUUCCUGGAUGAUUCUAGCCCAAAGGAUCAUACUUUUGUUGAUGAAUUCAGCUGCAUAGGCUGCAAAAAUUGUGCCAAUGUAGCUUGUGAUGUUUUUGCAAUAGAAGAAGACUUUGGAAGAGCCAGGGUAUACAACCAAUGCGGGAACCCUGAAUUAAUUCAACAGGCGAUUGAUAGUUGCCCUGUGGACUGCAUUCAUUGGACAUCAGCUGCACAGCUAUCAUUACUUGAAGACGAAAUGCGCCGCCUAGAAAGAGUCAAUGUUGCCUUUAUGCUUUCAGGAAUGGGUUCAGGAUCAAGUGAUGUUUUCCGAAUGGCAAGUUCUCGAUGGGAAAAGAGGCAGGCAAAAGUCUUGGAACAAGCAAAAUUCAGAAUGAUGAAGCAGAAAGGCUCUGAUAAAACAGAUUCAUACUGGGACAAUGUCUGGGGCAAAACAAGAGAAUACCAAAGUUCAGAGGAGGAAGUCAAAGAAAGAGCAAAAAGAGCUGCUGCUGCUGCUCGAAGAUGGAGGGAAUACUCAAGGAGGGGUGUUGAUAAGCCUCCCACAUUUAAACUACCAGAGGCAGCCUCUAGCAAGGACAAGUGACCAGUAUUUUCCCUAUAACUUCUAUAACUAUAACAUAAGGUCCCAUGUAAUUAGUUCAUCCAUAGCCUGUUAUUCAAUCUCAUAAACCUACUUGUUUUUAAUAAUCCAUAAUUGUAUAUGCAGCAACUCUAAUUAAAGUAAAUGUAACACAGAAGAUUUAUAGUAAAUACAAGCAUAAAUAAAAGAAA